UUUAGAAUUAUUGAUUAUGGUUUGUUGAUUCAAAAUUGGCCAUAAUUUCAUCAAAAUCAAAUAAUGUUACUUUUAUCUCGGCCAGCGCCUCUCAACGUUAUCCAGGCAAUUGAGAACUUUUUUUUAAAUAAGCACAAUUGAACAGCGAAUAGGUGUAGUUUGUGAGUAGCACACUCUUCUGGUGAAUAUAUGUAAUUGCAACUGAGAAAACAGUCAAACAACAGUUUAUCAAUUACAUUUAGCCCAAAAACUCUAGGGGUAAUCCACUUAUUUUUAUUAAUAAAGAGUAGCCAUAGACUAACGAUAACGAUAUUGAGACGCCACCAAGCAACAAGUUUUGUUGUGAUUGGCUGACACGCACAGACGUCACUGCAGCGCAUCCGUGACGAAAACAGGAAGUGAAUUAUGCCGGACUGUUAAACUUCCGGUAUAAUGGCUGUGCGAUUGUGUGACUGAAUAAGUUGACAUAAAGACGGAGUUGAAAACCGAGCAAAAUGGCAGCCCCCCCACCGCCCUUGUCCUCCUUGCGUCUCCUUGUCCCUCCUCUGCGUCUGCUGACGGCGGCAAUGUGGCAGGUUGCACAGCAGCAAAGUGUCAAGCAUUAUGGGAUCCUGGAAGAUUUUGUGUCCCUGGUGACCGAUUCAGUUCCUGAGCUACUAACAGACACGCAGAAGAGCUUGCUGCAUCGAGCACUGAGGGUCAAGGUAGCCCUCUGUGAUGAAACGCAGCCCAGCCACGCCCAACUCGGAGGGGUUCACUCCAUGGCACCGGCCAGACCAGGAUCACUGACUGAUGACUGUGAUUCCGCGCUAUUGAGUCUAACUGAUAAAGUGAGUCCCCUGGAGAGACAGCGCCUCUUGCAGGACGUGUUCAAUAAGAACUUUGACGGGGCUCUCCAGACUCUCCUCUGUGACUUCCUAGGAAGGAUGGAACAGCUUUUUCCAGCCCCUGACCUUAAACAGGCUGUGUCGUGGCUCAGUGCCACCCCUUCUGGCCUGGAUGACUGUCUCAAUGUGGCCAACAGAGAUGACCUGAAAAUGCUCCUGGCCAAUCAGAGCUGUCGGCCUGGGGUCGCCUCCGCAGUUAAUUGUGACACGGAGAAGAUUCUUCUCUCUGCUUGGUCCCAUCCCCUCAUCACAAAGCUAGCCAAUGACGAGCCCCCGCCCCAGGCACAUUCAGAUGCCCACACUGACACUGGGAGUCCCACCCAGCUGGAUGUGGCUGCGAUGGUGAUGAUGGAGGAUGAAAAGGAGGAGACUGUGCCCGGCCAGAUGUCACCAGCUGAUCCGAAGGCCAGUCGCAGUUCAUACAAGGAUUCUGUGAACCUGGAGACACAAGGACUGAAGGACUUGCACUCUAUUGACCACGUGUCCGAUCAACCACGCACCGACAUCACGGCUGACCCUCUUUACAGCAUUUCCCAUCAUUCUCAGCGAGUGGCUCACAAAUGUCCCAAAUGUGGGAAAUGUUUCAUCUACCGUUCUCAGGUUAUACGUCACCUACGAACCAGCAAGUCCUGUGGCCACACCCUAACCACAACAGCAGCUGUUCACCAGGACAACGUACAUGCCUGUGAUGAGGAGCCGCGGCUUGAAGAGCCCCGCCCCACUGGAAGCCACCCUUGCUUUCAGUGUGACGGUGUGUUCACAAGCAAAGCUGAGCUGCUCUUACAUCAGCGCAGUCACCGGGCCCGGCCCGUAUUUCGAUGUGGCCAAUGUGACAAGGAGUUUCUUCACCUGUCCAGUUUGACCAAUCACAAGCAGACACACCAGGAAAAUGGCGGGACCACCUGCAGCCAAUGCGGCAAAGUGUUUGGGUCGGCUCCGGAGAGAGACGCACACAGCCUCCAGCACCGGCCGCCUGACCUCACCUGCACUCUUUGCUCGCAGAUGUUCAGCUCGCAGUCGCAGCUUCUGCGACACCUGCAGACACACUCGGUGGAGGGUGCCGAGCCCUGCUUUUCCUGCCGCUUCUGUGAGCAGACGUUCUCAGGUGUGACUCUGCUUCGUAUCCAUCAGCGCUCCCACAAAACCCGAUCGUACAAGUGUGACCAGUGCAACAAGUCAUUUGCCUCGCUCACCGGCCUUCAGUCACACCGGACAAGUCACAACACGGACAAUCGCUUCCUGUGCCCUCAAUGUGGCAAAUGGUUCAAGACCCGCGAUGGGCUGGAGGGCCACCUGAGGCGGCACAGCGGUGAGCGGCCGUUCCGCUGCCCCUACUGUUCCAAAGACUUUGCUGCGCUUGCUGGACUCAAUGUACACGUGCGGCGGCACACCGGGGAGCGCCCGUACGUGUGCACGGUUUGCAGCAAGGGCUGGCCAUCCGGAGGCGACCUUCAAAAACACAUGCGGAUUCACACGGGCGAACGUCCGUUCUCCUGCGAGGAGUGCGGGAAGUCCUUCUCCAACUCUUGCCACCUCACUGAACAUCGCCGCAUCCACACUGGCGAGAAGCCUUUCCCUUGUCCUGAAUGUGGAAAACGUUUACGGAGGAAGUUCGACCUGAAGAAACACAUGCUGUGUCACAGCAACAAUCGCCCGUACGCCUGCAUUUCCUGUCCCAAGAGCUACACUCGCAAGACUCACCUUGACAGGCACCUUUUGACUCACCAGCAAGCUGAUGGUGACAUAAAGGCAGCUGACGAAGUUUGACACUUUUUGCUUCUUUGGAAUGAUGUGAUGAACUUUUGAGAGUGUGAUGAUUGGCAUGUCUGGAGGGAAUCAAUGCAGUAAGUUUUUACGGAAAAUGUAACUUAAAUGUUUUAUUGUAACUGUUGGUAGACAAUGUUGAUUAUAUUUGUCUGUCGAUUCCGAGUGAAUCAGAAAACUUUAUUUGUGUAAAUAUGCAUAAGUCUACCCCUCAUCUUCAGAGUUUUCAAUGACUUUCUUCAUCCACCUGCUCAUCCUGAAAACAUGCGUGAAGAAGCCAUACUUCCCAUCGCGGUCGCAACCCUCGCCCCAUGACACAAUGCCAAUCUGGUACCAGCGAUUCUCUGCGGGGUGCUGCGAAAAUAAACAGGUUCUCAAACUCCUGCAAAUAAUGA